AUGAGCGACGAACAGCUCUGCGAAUAUAUGAAGAAACAUCGCCAACGUGACGGCUCAAUCGAGCUUCCUGUUGAUGACUGGACCGUAUUAUCCAAAGAAGAGCGGGAUCGUCUUGCUGAAAGACUACGAUUAAUACAGCGGGAAAUAGCCGAUAAUCCCGCGGCGAACUCGCGUCCGCUUGACCUGGACAAGCUCGACGCGCUUCUGCGUGAUGUAGCCAGCGGACAAGAUUCCCCAUCUCACGACCGACCGCGUUCAAGUGAAAGGGUAACUGAACCGCCGAGUGAAAGUCCGCAAGAGAUGUAUAAGCGAAAAGAGAUGGAAGCGUAUAAUAAUCUUGUCAAUGAUGGUGGUCACCCGCUAUACCAAAUUAACCUCCUAGAAUCGGUCUCAAAAGACCCCAAUGUGUAUUUCGUGAUCCUGAAACCAUUUUGGCGACCGCCGCGAUCGGACAAACCAUCAGAGGCGGAUUACCUUCGUCCUGAAGACGUACUACAAAGACAAUGGCACCGGUGGCAGAAUUUCCGAAAAUGGCAACUUAAUAACAGAGGGAUUAAUUACAAAGACGAUUAUGAUGACGAGGCUUUUUCGGCUUAUGUUGAGGACUUAAAACGCGAAUAUAGAGAGAUAGGCUGGGACGAACAGGCAGCUAGGAUUGAAGCCGAUCCAAAUUCUUUGAAGCAGCCAGGCGAGUGGUGGCAUGCUAUGCAAACACACUGCAACUGGCGGCGCCGAUACCAGCGGGAGCUUGAAUGCCAUAGCUUCUCUGAUUAUCAGGGCGCUGUGAGGGCGCGAUUAGCUCGGCAUGGCUUCACGCGAUCGUUCUAUCUAGCGGAGGAUCCAAAGCAACAGGAUAAGUUAACAACAUGGAUCGAAUACCUAGGCUUUGAGUACUGGUGGCUUGACCGUUAUACUGCAUUAAAAGAGCGCCUUAAGUUAAAGCAUGAUAAUGCUUGGAUUGAGUUAAAGAAACAGGGGGUAGUAAAGGAUAACGAAACUCCGGAUUUCAUUCGCAGGGGCGCGUCUGCCCUACAACGCCAAGUUGAUGAAGACCGCGCAAAGAAGGCUGCGAAAGAUGCAGAAUUAGAAGCGGCAAAUGUUUACCAUCAGACGCAGCAGGAUCCUAAUCGCCUCAACAUUUCCAUGAAACGGCGCGUGCAAAUGUUAGCUAAGGCUAGGACAAGACUCUCAAACGCACGAGAAACGGUUGACUCUAUCGUGCGGCGGAAUGAUCUUCUUCUUGAGUUUGUUCGUGGAACAUUUGACUAUGAUAAUGCGAACCAAGAUGUAGUCAAUCAGGUGAAUCUUUUGGAAUGGGCUGUGGAGGAGACUCCCUCAAUCAAGGACGAACAGAAAGCUGGGACCUUGGGGGGAGAGGCCAUGAGGAAGAGGAAAGUUUCAACCGAAGACGGCUGCAUAGUAGAGACAAGCUCCAAAAAACAGAAGUCACACGCUUCAAAGCAGUCACUGCAUGGCGCAGGCUGUGCCUUUGACCGCAGCCGAGGCGGAAUCUGUAACCUUAGGGAGCAGGCCAUAAAAGAGGAAAAGAGUCGCAUUCAAAGAUGGCUCUUCAACGCAGCCAAGGCCCAAGAGACUAGAGUCAAAUGCCCGAGGUCACGACUCGCAAACCAGCAACAGAGUUCUACGAGUACGGAAUCACCCAGCAACUGGCGCAAGUCAGCAACUAGAUCAGCAUCAAACUCAAAGCGUCCGGGACGCAAAUUCCAGCAGCCAGUCACCUGGGCUCAAGGUGCCAUCUCAGGAAUCAACCCAAGGAUUACGUCGCAGCGCUCGACUCAAGGCCUUACGUCGCGGACCAGAUUACAGCAGCCAGUCACCUGGGCUCAAGAUGCCGACUCAGGAAUCAACCCAAGGUUUACGUCGCAGCGCUCGACUCAAGGCCUCAAGUCGCGGACCAGACUCAGUUAG